AUGUUUCGUUUUGCACGUCCCACAACGCGUUCAUUAGCCAGUGGUCUUUCUAAACGCUUUUAUUCGCACAAGGAAAUCAAGUUUGGUGUUGAUGGUCGAUCGGGCUUGCUUCGAGGCGUCGAUGUGCUUGCUAAAUCAGUGGCUGUCACCUUGGGUCCCAAAGGCCGCAAUGUCCUUAUUGAACAGCCAUACGGUUCACCCAAGAUCACCAAGGAUGGUGUCACAGUUGCCAGAGCUAUAUCGUUGGAGGAUAAAUUUGAAAACCUAGGAGCAAAGCUGGUAACGGAUGUGGCAAGCAAAACAAAUGAAGUUGCUGGUGAUGGAACGACUACAGCUACUGUUCUAGCACGUGCUAUCUUUGCUGAAGGUGUCAAGAAUGUUGCAGCUGGAUGUAACCCAAUGGACCUUCGUCGUGGUGUCCAAGCAGCCGUUGAUGCCGUUGUUGAUUUCUUGAAGGCGAACAGCCGCGUUAUUACCACGUCCAGUGAAAUAGCUCAGGUGGCAACCAUUUCAGCCAAUGGUGAUAAGCAUGUGGGCGAUAUGAUUGCACAAGCUAUGGAACGUGUUGGCAAGGAAGGUGUGAUCACCGUCAAGGCUGGCAAAACGAUCGAGGAUGAGCUUGAAGUGACCGAAGGCAUGCGUUUUGAUCGUGGUUUCAUCUCGCCCUACUUUAUCACGGAUACCAAGGCCCAAAAGGUGGAAUUUGAGAAACCAUUGAUUCUUCUCUCGGAGAAAAAGAUUUCAUUGUUGCAAGAUGUGAUGCCUGCCUUGGAGACGGCUGCCACGCAACGCCGCCCGCUUUUGAUUAUUGCCGAGGAUGUCGAUGGUGAAGCUUUGGCAGCUUGUAUUCUCAACAAACUCCGUGGUCAACUUCAAGUGGCAGCUGUAAAGGCACCUGGAUUUGGUGAUAAUCGUAAAUCCAUUCUUGGUGACAUUGGUAUCCUCACUCAAUCCACUGUCUUUUCGGAUGAUUUGGAAGUGAAGCUUGAAACAGCAACACCCGAUCUUUUUGGUACCAGCGGAUCAGUCACCAUCACCAAGGAAGACACUAUCAUUCUCAAUGGUGCUGGAUCGAGAGAUAUGAUCAACCAACGUUGUGAACAAAUUCGAGGUGCCAUGAACGACUCAAGUACAUCCGAAUAUGAAAAGGAAAAGCUACAAGAACGUCUUGCCAAAUUGUCUGGUGGUGUAGCUGUCAUCAAGGUCGGUGGUGCCUCUGAAGUUGAAGUUGGCGAAAAGAAGGAUAGACUUGAUGACGCGUUGAAUGCUACACGUGCUGCUGUUGAAGAAGGCAUUGUACCAGGUGGUGGUGUCGCUCUUUUGAAAGCUGUGCAUUGCUUGGACAAGGUCAAAGCCAUCAAUUUCGAUCAGCAGCUUGGUGUGAAUAUUGUUCGUCAAGCCAUUCAACACCCUUGUCGUACCAUUGUUGAUAACGCUGGUGGUGAAGGUUCGGUUGUAUCAGGCAAACUCUUGGAGCAAGGCAAGGACAAAUUCAAUUGGGGCUACGAUGCUGCUGCCAAUGAAUACGUGGAUAUGAUCGAACGAGGAAUCCUUGACCCUACCAAGGUACAACGUACGGCGUUAAUUGACGCUAGUGGUGUUGCUUCCCUCCUAACUACGACUGAAUGCAUGGUGGUGGAUGCCCCUGAAGCCAACAAUGGACCACCAGCCGGUGGAAUGCCGGGUAUGGGAGGUAUGGGAGGCAUGGGAGGCAUGGGUAUGUGA